AUGGUCAGAGCUGAGUCAAUUGUAUGUAACACCACCGAACUAACUGAGUUUAAUUUUUCCGAGUUCGAAUUUCCUCAACCUCAACUCCUGACAAGGCACUUUUCAUGGCAGGACUAUAUGAAAAUAAGCUUUUAUUUCCUGACUAUUGUGGUGGCUCUUAUUGGCAACGUUGGAGUCAUUCUCACCGUAGCUUUCAACAGGGCUUCCCGGAGCACUAUUAAUUGUUACCUGGUAAAUCUGUCCGUGGCAGACCUGCUCAUCUGCAGCUUCUGUAUGUGGGUUCAUCUCGUGGAUAACCUGUAUAAGCCAACAUAUGUCCUGGGACCCUUUAUGUGCAAGUUUAACAGUUUUGCUCAGAUGACUUGCCUGACAAGCAGUGUUCUCACUCUAUCAGCCAUUGCGUGUGACCGCUUCGUUGCCAUCAUGUUCCCACUGCACGCGCGAAUCACUAAGCGGCGGACUGGAUUAGUCAUAAGCGGUAUUUGGUGGAUAUCUAUGAUGGUUUCGAUCCCAUUUCUAAUCUAUAGGCGGUUCUAUUCCCUCCAGUGGAAGGACUUUCUGGAAUCACACUGCGGUGAAAGCUGGCCCCGAAAGUCCGAGUUCGAUCCGGAACUCCAAUUAUGUGUGACACGCUAUCCUUCCAAGCAGCUGUAUUACACUUUUGUCACAAUCACACUCUUCUUUCUACCUGUUGCCAUAAUGGUUACAGCUUACUUCUUGAUCAUCUGGAAACUUUGGAUCAGCGAACUCCCCGGCGAGAGAAAUCUGGCUAAUAUUACUGUUCAACAUCAAGCAAAGAAAAAGGUGAUCAAGCUUGUCGCAGUAGUGUUGGUUGUAUUUGUUUGCUGUUGGAUGCCUUUCCAGGUGAUAGUUCUCUACUCUCAACACUCUUAG